UCCGUGAUCCUCCGGAUCGGGCGGCUUUUUGGACAUCCCGGGUAGCGGCGCGGCGCAGCUGUGCUGGAGGUGUAAAACUUUACAUGUAGGUUAGAAUAGAAGUUCAGACAGCACCCAACAACGCGAGACAAUCCUGAUAAAUGUAUCUAACGCCAGCACUUUGCACUAAAACCUAUAGAAAGCUGGUCUUCUUUCUUUAGUCUCUGCCCUGUCUGAAUAUGGAGUCCAAAUAUAUUUUGGAGAAGUCGUCGGUCGGGACGAGGGUCGGCGGUGCGGCGGAUUUUAACUGCCGGGCAGGCCGCACCGUGCUCCGCGACGCCCGGGUACCCGGGCCGGUGGAAAAGGGCAGCUGCACGCCGGCGUACACGCACGGCACGGUGCUUUACAAAUUUGUAACGGACGGCGGCCCGGUGGCGGACGGUAGAUACGAGAGGAGCUCUCCGAAAGGGAACCGGCCGUCUCCCGGCGGGCGGACGUUCCACGACGGGGAAAAAAAUGGCUUUGGGGACCAAAAAGACGUCGGUUCCUCUGGGAUCCUGAAGAGGUCCAGUCCCACUCACUGCCCUGUCAUCAACGGGCAGCUGCCCAGCAGCUUCAUGCCUUUGGACAUCAGAAACCCAGGGAAACAGGCAGAGCUGGCCAGCAGUUUCAGGGCAGCACAAGUGCAGACAGUACCAGAGACAGAGAGACAGCCGCUCCCCUCCUCUCACAUCCCGGUCCCCAGAAACAGGAAACCCUCAGGUCAUGCUGAUAAGGAGGUGAUGGCUGCCACCGUCCUGACCUCACUGUCCACAUCGCCUUUGGUGCUCUACCCUUCCUCUACGCCCUCAGUUCCGGAACCAGCCAGCAAGACCUGGAAGGAGGUGCUGUCAGCAAGCUACAGCAGUUCAACCAGCGGCAACUGGAGCUGGGACGCCAGCGACCAAUCAGUGCCCUCCACGCCGUCCCCGCCACUUUCAAACGACGCCAACAAGAACUUCCUGCUCUCGUCCCAGGGUGAUGAUGCCAUCGAGGAUGCCGCAGAGAGCGCGCACUUCAUGUUUGAGGACCCCAUACCUCGGAAGAGAAAGAACUCCAUGAAGGUGAUGUUCAAGUGCUUGUGGAAGAACUGUGAAAAGGUCCUCAGCACCUCCUCAGGGAUCCAGCGGCACAUCCGCACCGUCCACCUGGGGCGAAACAGUGACUCGGACUACAGUGACGGAGAGGAAGACUUUUACUACUCAGAGAUCGAGGUCAACAUGGACAGCCUGACGGAGGGCCUGUCCAGCCUCACCCCCACCUCCCCCACCACAGUCGGUCCUCCGCCCAUCUUCCCCCCGCCGCUCGCCGACGUCCCCCGCUCCGAGCACAUCAGCAUGGAGGGUCCGCAGAGCCACGCCCCCACGCUGCUCAGCCAAUCAGCUCCCUCCACACUCUGCCACAUCCGGACUGACCACGCCUACCAGGCCACGGCUCCAGUGAGCAUCCCAGUGGGUCCCGAGCUGGCUGGGAUGUGCAGUGGUAAUGGGAUUGGGCCUGGAACCGGGACUGAGAAUGGCAUCAGUGUGUCGUGGCAGUCCCCUCCUGUCAUUUUCAAAGGCGUCCCGGGUCCAGUGACUCACAUCCGAACAGUGAACAUCGGUGAGAAGAGGCAGCCGGCGGCUGGCACACACACCACUGUUACCAAGAAUCACGCUUUAAUAACAGCAGCCCCGAAAUCCACAACAGGAGCCAGGAAACCCCGUGGGGAGGCCAAGAAGUGCCGAAAGGUGUACGGCAUGGAGAAGAGAGACAUGUGGUGCACAGCCUGCCGCUGGAAAAAAGCCUGCCAGAGAUUUACCGACUAAUCCCGUCCCCGUUCCCCGGUCUGUGCCAUGAGCUCGUCCCCCCCACUCGGAGGCGGACGCUUCCACCGACGAGACGAGGGAGGGGGCGGGGUCCCGUCACGUCGCAGUGCUGCUUCCUCCAGCCCAGCAGGGGGCCGUCUCUCAACACAAAGAGAAAAUCAAAUGAAAAAAAAACAAAAAAAACGAAAACAAAAAAACAUCACAACAAACAGAACUUUUGCAGGUUUGGACACUUUUUUUUUUUUAUACGACUGAGUCAGGAAAAAAAAAGCAUUCAAAUUAAAGCGUCUGAUUAAAUUUUCACUUCUCUAAAAACUGCAGAUAAGCUUUUUGGUAUACCCUUUUGUUGUUAUAGAAGCGUCAUGUAAGCUACUGUUCAUGAGGCGGAUCAUGGCUUUUCUUUUCUUUUUUUUUCUUUUUUUUUUUUUAAGAUUUAAGGGUGAAUAUCAGAUGUGCUCGCUCAGACCUCUGUAGCAUAUCCUUCUCUCUCUGUCACUGCUUCAGAGACUUUAGAGCUACCAAAGGCAGGAAAUAACCCCGUUUAGGUCUCGUUGCGGUCUCUGCGGACACGGACCGCACGUCUCGACGCAUUCUCACCCAUCAGGCAGAUUCAGCUCCUCCACCCUCGCCUCUUGUAGCUCUCCCAGGCUGCACCCAUCUCCUGACACCAAGUGGUACAAAAAGAUGUUCCAAAAAAAACAAAGCAAACCCAAAAAACAAUGUACACAGAUACAUGAAAUAUGUUUCCCUCUCUUCUUCUUCUUUCUACUCCUCCCCGAACAAUAUGCACCUUAAAGAAAUACGUCAUCUUUUGGAGUGUCACUGUAACCCCAGUGUAUGCCUGAGAGCUUGGAGAUCUAUUUCUUCUAAAGUUUAUUUUCAGCAAAGAGUUGCUGAAGCAACUAGCAGUUGCACUGUGCAAUCAGUAAAAGUACAGCAUGUAAUCUAGUCUCUCUCUCUCUCGCUCUCUCUCUCUCUCUUCGCUUUGUUUCUCUGAGUUAUGAGUUUGAAGCAGAAAGACUCUGUUCCUCUGACAGCUGAUGUUCUUAAAGAGAUUGUUUACCACAGCGAUACGUGAAUGAUAUCACCCCCCUUUGAGACUUUUAACUCGCGGUCGGAUCGAUGUAAAUUGUUUGUAAGUAAGUGAAUAACCUAAAUAUUUUAGCCCAACAAUCGCUACCUGAUAAAGAAUCAGGCGUUCUCGCUCAUUUCCUACGAUUCAAAAUGGCGUUUGUACGUCUUUGGAGUAAUUCCCUCGAACCAGCAUUACCUGUAGGAACCUGGUCUGAAUUCCCAGGACUUUUCUUUUUUUUUUUCCGUUCAGUUUUAGUUUUAGUUGAACCCUUGAAAAAAAUGACUCCGCCGUAACAUUUUAAGAUUAGUCUCAAAUCAAGUGACUGAUUUCUACAGAAGUUAGUGUAGCAACUUUUUCAAAUCGUCUCUCAGAAUGGAGUCUUACUUCUUAGUCUAGAUUUGUAAUAGUAAAAAGUAGCCAAAGUUUCCACGCUUUAGAUACAACGUAGGCUGGUUUUUAGAUAGUUAGAUACUUUUUAUAUAGCCCAUUUUCCAACGUUGUCCCUUUGAAGAGAAGUUUGUUACCUGUUUUCAAUGUCUUUUUAUUAAUAGAGGUAUAAAACAGGAAGGAAAAAAAAAAGAUUUUAUAGUAUUUUUUAAUAUAUGCUGUCACUUCUUUAAAAGUAAACAGCCUCGAAUUGGAGAACUCUUGAGGUAAAAGCACUUGUCAUUCGCUUCGUGACAUCGACGGACAACUUAGUGAUGAUUUCUUUACAAUGGAAGUGAAUGCAGAACCCCGAAGCUCGAGAACAUUCAGCGGCUCCGUUCACUCAGAAAUCCUCAGAUUUCAUUUUGAUGUUCUUAUUUACCCCCCUUAGUGAUGUAUGCUUGUAGUAACUUAAUUAAUGAUGUAAUCCUUUUAAGAUUCGAAGGUUGAUUUUUCUCACAAACCAUAGAGUCAAUUGAAGUUGAUAUUAAUCUGUAGCUCCAAAAUCAUUAAUUAGCCUCUAAGGAUUUUACAAUCUGUACAAAUUUUAACGCCCUCGAUUCUGGAAAAAAAAAAAAAAAUCAAUGAGGAAAAACCCUUCAACAAAUAUUUUUUGAAGUUCUUCUCUGAGCAGAAAGACUUUCCCGGUGUGUGUUCACGGGAGCGUCCUGCCCGCCCGGACGUCUCAGGCGUUACCAGGUUCUCAAAGUGUGUGUAUAUGUGUGUGUGUGUGUGUGAACAGACGGCUACACCAUCUCCUCAGUCUCCCCUCCCAAAAUGAUAGGUUAACCCUCUUCUCACCCGGCCGUCUGACCCCCUGACCUUUCACACUUUGAGAACCGCUGCGUCGAGUUUGCGUUUGACCUGCAGCUCUGCCAUGCUCCCCCCCCCCAUAAACUCGCCCGUCAGAACUCUUCCUGUCACAAACUUCACCAAGUGCCAAUGAAAAGACGAGGAAAACAGAAAAA